AUGCAAAAUUGCUUCAAUAAACAGGGCCCUGUACGGAAAGCAUUGCAACGAGAGCAUGAAUUCUGCGCUGAAUGCCGUCUGAGUGAUGGAGCAAUAUAUUUUUUGAAUGCUGAAAAAAUUUCGCAUUUUUCUCGAAGCGACACUUUGCCAACAGAAGACGACAUUGUUCACGCUAGAGAUCCGACGUCUGGUCUGAAUUAUUAUCAUUUUCGAGUGCAUAAAAUGCGUGUUGAGAUACAUGACAUGGGUGGACAAAUGGUCGAAAGGAAGAAAGUUCUUGACUUUCUGACACAUUGGAUAUCGGAUUCGAAACCGAAUUAUCGUAAUUUUAUUUUAUACGUCGUAUCGAUGGCUGACUAUAACAUUGUACAUCCCACUAAUCCUCAAUACACGCUUCUCGACGAAAGUGCUGCUUUCAUGAAGGCGAUCUUGAAUUUGAGUCCAGUUCAAGAGUGCGGUUUCCUGAUCUUCUUCAAUAAAUCGGAUAUUUUUAGAACGCGAGUUUUAGAUGCACAAUUAAAACCAGAUUUCAGGCGAUUUCUUAGUGCUUAUAUCAAAGCGGAUGCUCUCAAAAAAUAUGAAAGCGGUAACACUGUGAAAAUUGAUGUUCUGAAUAAUGCGAUUGCGAAAAAAUUCGCCGAUUCAAUCAACAAUAUUCCUGUGAAACGAAGAGCACCAGUUUAUCACAAGUAA